GAGAGGCGGGGCGGGGCCAUGGCGGGGCCCGGCGGCGCGGCGCGGAGCCGCUUCGCCGUGGUGGGCGGCGGCAUCGCGGGGGUCACCUGCGCCGAGAAGCUGGCUGCAGAGUUCCCAUCAGAAGACAUUUUUUUAGUGACAGCUUCCCCAGUUAUAAAAGCUGUAACUAAUUUCAAGCAGGUCUCCAAAACACUUGAGGAAUUUGAUGUCGAAGAGCAACCAAGUUCCCUAUUAGAAAAACGAUAUCCCAAUAUUAGAGUUAUACAAUCUGGAGUAAAACAGCUGAAAAGUGAUGAACAUAAAAUUUACACUGAAGAUGGGAAAGAAUACAUAUAUGAAAAACUCUGCCUGUGCGCUGGAGCCAAACCAAAAUUAAUUGUUGAAGGGAACCCGUAUGUAUUAGGAAUCCGGGACACUGACAGUGCACAGGCUUUUCAGAAGAAUUUGGCUCAAGCUGAGAGAAUAGUGGUGGUAGGAAAUGGUGGGAUUGCCCUUGAAUUAGUGUAUGAAAUUCAAGGCUGUGAAGUAAUCUGGGCUAUCAAAGACAAAGCCAUUGGGAACACUUUCUUUGAUUCAGGAGCAGCUGAAUUCCUCCUUCCAAAGCUCACUGCUGAAGGCCGAGAGACUCCAAUUGAGUGUAAAAGAACCAAGUACACAGUGGAAGGAAGUGAGGAGAAAGGAAGACCUACAGGAGCAUCUGACAAGCUAGGCAGUGCCUUAGGCCCCGACUGGCAUGAGGGCUUACACCUUAAAGGGACUAAGGAGUUUUCUCAUAAAGUACAUAUUGAAACACUGUGUGAAGUAAAGAAAAUACACUUCCAGCAAGAAUUUAUCCAACUGCAGUGGACUUCCUUGACUUUUCCUAAAGGAGAGAAAAAUGUAGAAGCAGAUGAGGUGCUGUGGCCUGUAUAUGUGGAAUUAAGUAAUGGAAAAAUUUAUGGAUGCAAUUUCAUUGUCAGUGCAACUGGAGUUGUGCCAAAUGUUGAACCAUUUCUGGAUGGCAAUAAUUUUGCUGUGGGUGAAGAUGGAGGACUGAAGGUAGACAAGCACAUGCACACGUCGCUGCCAGAUGUGUUUGCAGCUGGAGAUAUCUGCACAGCAGCGUGGGAGCCCAGCCCCGUGUGGCACCAGAUGAGGCUGUGGACCCAAGCUCGGCAGAUGGGAUGGUAUGCAGCAAAGUGCAUGGCAGCAGAUGCUUUAGGGGAAUCUAUUGAUAUGGAUUUCAGCUUUGAACUAUUUGCCCACAUUACAAAAUUUUUCAAUUACAAGGUGGUGGUUUUGGGAAGGUACAAUGCUCAGGGCCUGGGCUCAGACCACGAGCUGAUCCUGAGAUGUACCAAAGGCCACGAGUACGUGAAAGUGGUGAUGCAGAACGGCCGAAUGAUGGGAGCUGUGCUCAUUGGCGAAACAGACUUGGAAGAAACUUUUGAAAACUUAAUUUUAAAUCAAAUGGAUCUUUCAGCCUAUGGUGAAGAUCUCCUAAAUCCAGAUAUUGAUAUAGAAGAUUAUUUUGAUUGAACAAUACCCCAUUCCCAUUUUGUAUGAAGCUUUGAUACCAAGUCAUACAUCUUAGAAAACUCUUUUCUCAGGAUUACCAAUGAGGGAUAAAUGCAAUCCUCUAUUAAGAUUUUGGGUUGAUCUUGCCAAAAUACUGACUGGUUACUGCCACAGGUACCAGCGAAUGGUACAACCUCUGUCGAGCUGGCUCAGAUGAACAGGGUUUUAAGGCACAGGGUGCUCAGAGCUUUUGCUGCCUGGAAUGUGGGUUGCAAAUAUAUGGCCUUACUCAGUUUUUUUUUUCUCCUUUUCUUCCCCCCCACAUAAGUUUACUUCUGAAAUACAUUUAUUUGCUGCUCAGUUAAUUACAGAACACAAGCCUUGCACAAUGAGAGCCAGGAUGAGAUGUCAGUUGAAAGCAACUUUUUAACUGCUUGUCCCUUCAGCUGUCCAGAUGUUGGGGUAGAGUUGCACUGUAUUGGAUAAUGCCAGCCCUGGACAGCAGUUGUUUCAUCCUGGCUUUUGAUUUUGUUCUGCACUUGCUGCCUGAGAGUUCCUAUUUAUUUUGGGUCAAAUUUGGAACAAUUUUACUGUAAUCAAUACAAGGCUGGCAGUACAUAUUGAGACUUGUCCCAGACAAAUCACUUAAUAUUUUUUAGGAGAAUGACUGUUUUUAACUAAAUUUUCAAUUUUUGGCAAAGGUCUCAGCUAAAGGAUGGGUGAAAGACUAUAGGCUUUACUCACUGUCACAAUCUUACCAGAAGAAUAAAGAUAAUGAUAUUAGUGUUAUAUUUGUUAUACAUGUAAGUGUAAGAGAGAAGAACUAAAAUGCAACCACCCAGAACUUGCAUUUAUUAAUGAAACCAAACAUGCCUUUCUGAUCUUUGGCUAAGAUGUUAAAAGUAAGAAAAGAAAACUGAAUCUAGUAGACAGCAUAUGUGCCUUGAGAAUGCACUGCAGGCAGCAGUAGCUGUUGAGUGUUUCCUAGGCUGGCAGUUGUCUUGUUUGUAAACUUAACUUUAGGUACUUCUGCUAAAAGCACAGAAGUCAUAAAUUUCUAUUUGAAUAACAACCUAGAGAAGUCCAAUUUUAAGAGCAACAGACAUAUUUCAAAGGAAUAAAUACACAUAAUCACUCAACUACAUACAGUAUUUCAUUCAAACAUGCCACAGUGAGUGUAGGGACACAUGUUCCUGCUCUGAACUGCAGAGAUGGCAAUGCCCACGUGGGCUGGAACAACCAGCCCUGGCACAGCAGCAGCUCUGACCUAGCCAGGGCUCCAGGGGAAGGAUGCUGGAGCAUCCCAGUCUCCAGCUGUCUGAUGUCACUCCCUGGGGCUGGUGACAGCAGCUGCCCUGGGAAAGCAGUGCCCUGGCUGCAGUGGAGUCACUGGUGAAGAGGAAAGUCACCUGCACAGCAGGCAAAAGGAACAGGAGGUGACAGGGUCUUCAUGCAGAGCUAAGGACCACCAAGCCCUGUACUGCAAAGGAGAGAAAUCUCAAGAGGACUCUCAGGGGAGCACUGGGUGGAGACUCCCAUAGGAAGGAAGUCUGGAAACCUCUGGAUCUCUGGCAGUCCUUUCCAGGCUGCCUGAACCUGCUACAGUGUUACUAUAUACUACACAUCCAAAAGAGUUAAAAAGCCCACAUGGUCAUUAUAUAGGUUUUGUAAUCACUGCUGUAUCCUAAGAUAUGUACCAAUUAUUUUGAUAUGAAACACUUUUUCCUUCACUACUAGCCUUGUAGACUUGACAGUUUUUAAAGAUAUUUGUUCCCUGUUCAGUGUUUAUUAAAUAAAAAUACCAUUACAAAAGCA